CCGGACUUGAGAAAGACUUCGCUGUGCAGACUGUAUACAUCAGCUUCCGGUUGUAGUAAAGGUUCCGAGUGUCGUUUUGCACAUGGCUACGAGGAGCUGAGGGAGUUGUUUCCUUCGCAACCAAGACAAAAUGAAAAUUUAAGGCUACUGGUUGCUGAUAUGUAUCCUAUUUAGCUGGAACGAGAAGAACUUCAAGAUGCCGACUGUUAAGAUUUUUCAAGGCCUCGCUUUCUAUCGGUAGACUUGUGGCCGAAUGUACGGUCAUAUGCGCCCUCAGUAUGUAACUUGUAUGACAAUAGUUGAACGGGUUAAUUAAUUGUUUGAAAGGGCGGCUGCAUAUAGUCCUAACGCAAAAAAAAAGAACUAUACGGGUACUACGGACAGUACUAUCAGGGGCGUACACAUGAACACUAUGGAAGACUUGUUGGUUACGGAAGGUUUUUCUAAGAUUUGUUCUUAAUGCGGCGCGUAACGAAGAAAGAGAACAACAAGAUGCCGCUCAGCAACUGUCGCUCGUCGGAGAAAGAAGUGGACAAGCUUCUGAUCAAGCGACUCAUGGUGGGUUCGAUCAAUUAUAUUCUGUUAUGGUCAGCCUUUAUGCAUCUUUCUCGGCAUCUUGAUGCCCUUUCUUUUGCCGGUACUAUUCGCAUGAUGAACAAGGAGAACAAAUGGGUCAAGAUGAGGGGGCCGGGAUCGAUGAAGAAAAGCCGACUGCUCUAAUGCUGCUGCUCGUUCCGCGUUGGAACAAGCCAAUACGUCUCGUCGUGCUUCGACUGCAUCGAAUGCCACAACUCAUGCUGAUAUUAUUACCUUUCCGUCUGAAGUACAAGUAGAGCAUCAGGGCCAACAACAACAACAAGAAGAAAUCUCCUCCACCUCCAUGAGGGGCCAUCUUGGUACACUUCUUGGUUCGCCACAGAGACCACAGCGCAGACAACCGCGUGGAACUGGCGCACAUCAGGAUCCGGUGUGGACACAUCAUGGUAAUAGAGGUGCUGCCAGAGCAGGACGACCUCGUGCAGCUACAGAUCCCUCUGGCGCAGGUCCAUCUGACGCUGCCGUUGGAGCUUCGAUUGCUGCCUCUACUUCGCUCACCGCUCCGUACCUGGCAGAGCAAGUGCAACAAG